CUCCUCUACUCGUCUCCAACACUGCUAUAUUCACACCUAAUGGACCAGUUCACCAACCGCGACAAAUCCGCCAUGAUCCUGGCGCUGUGGGCCAAGGGAUUCAGCGCCAAGGACAUCCAUGCCGCCCUGGGCUCACUCCUACCGCUGAGCCCACCACUAAGCCUGCCGCCAAAGCGCCCGCGCACCCCUGCGGCUGAGCCAGUCCUCAAGCCGGAGGCCAAGCCGGAGGCCAAGCUGGAGGCUAAGCCUGCUACCAAGCCUGCUACCAAGCCUGCUACCAAGCCUGUAACUAAGCCCGAGACUAAGCCCGCUUCUGCUGCCAAGCCCGUAGCCAAACCCCAGGUGGAGCCCAUGGAGCUGGACGACGACGACAGUAAGGCCAAGCCAGCAUCGCACGCCGUGCAGCUGGACCGCGUAGCAUUCUGCGAGCGCACCCUGGAGACCUACAAGGGCAAGUCUGCUGACGACAUCGUAACGUGCGCCCACACGCAAAUCAAGCCAAACUCGAUCUCUAAACAGGUCAUGUAUGUGAUUGUGUUUUUCUCGCGCAAGGAAAUCAUCUACGCCGACUUCACCAUUACCGAGGCAAAGUUUGACGCCAACCACUACAUUGAGCGCGGCAUCAAGCCCAUGAUUGCCGUCUGGAAGGAGAAGCACCCGAGGACUCAAGCUGGACCGCCUUGUGCUGAACCACGAUAA